UGAAGAAGUGCAGAGUGCUUGGCUGGUGUUUGAGAAACUACUGUUUUAAUCUUAAACGAGAAAAACAUAUAAUUUUACCAUGUUGACAACCCAUCGACACAAAAUACAAUGUCGGGAAAUUACUGGGCCCACACCUCACUCAGUGGCAGUGAGAGCAAGAAAUUCUCCAUCACGACCCACAGACUACCUGACUUUGGAGAGAAGGAAACAGGAGGCAGUUCGGAAUGAGGUGCUGGACUUCACCAGGGAUCAAAGUUCCUGUGAUGUUAGAAUGCAAUGGGAGAGAAACACACAACGCAGAAUGGUGUCGGCUACUAUUGAUAGACAACUACAGGAAGCAAUGGUGCAGUACCAUAUGGGCAUUGAUGAAAGGAGAGAAAGGCUUCGUGAGCUGCUGGAGUCUGAGGAGCAAGAGUUCCUUAGGGAAAUUGAGACAAAAAAGGAGACGGUGUUGGAGAGGCAGGCUAAGAUGCGUGAAAGAGCCAAAACUCUGCGUGAGAAAAGGGAGAGCGAGAGACAGAAACAUGUUGCUGACAAACUUGAUCAGCUCUUCAUAGAGCAGAGUGAGGAGUUGCGUGCCGUGCAGAUGAAGCGCAGACAAGAUGAGAUCUGCACUGAGCGUGCAUCUCAGAUUCGUAGUCGGGAGGAAGCUCGACAGAUGCGACAGGAUGAAGACAGAGUGUUUGUUCAGAUGUGGGAGAGCGACAGGUUGGCUAAAGAGGAGCGUGAAAGCCAAGAGCUCCAACGAAAGAGACAGAGCAACCUUGAGCAGGUGGCAUUCCUGCAGGUGCAGAUGGAAACGGCUGAACAACAGAGAAUUCGGGCCAAACAACUGAAGGAAGAAGAGGCAGAGUUACUGCGAGACCAAAGGGAGAUGCUUCAACUGGAGUCAGAGAGAGAACAAAAACAGAAGCUACUGGACCAAGACAAACGAAGAAAACAGCUGGACCGUUCACUUCGGUUGAAAAUGAAGAGGCAAGCAAGAGAGCAGCAGGAAGAGUUGGCACUAGAUAUGACCAUUCUGGAACAGCUAUUGACUGAGGAGAAGGAUGAAAAGCAGGAAGAGGUUCUCAAGAAGCUGGAGCGUGGAGAGGAGCAGAGCAGGUAUCGACAGUAUCUGGCAGAGCAGAUGGAGGAGCAAAAACGGCAAGAGAUUGAGAUGGGGCAUCUGAUCGAGUCCGAGCUCCAGCAGGCCUGGGCUCGCAGGGAGGAACACUGGAGUCUGGAAAAGGCAGCAAGAGAUCGACUCAUGAAGGACGUCAUGGACACUCAGCGGUUACAGAUCCAGGAAAAGCUAAAUAAGAACAUGCAGAAACAGGCUGAGCUUGCCAAAGAGAGAGAGGAGCUCGACCAUACUAUUGAAAAUAAUAAAUUGCUGGAUGAAGAAGAAAAGACUCGUUUAAGGGAGGCAACUCGAGAGCAUCAGGCCGAUCUCUUGGCUCAGAUGUUGCACCGCCAGCGUCUUCGUGAAGCAGAACAGGCUGAGAUACAACAAGAGUUCCAGAAGGGUAUAAUGUACCAGGAGCAGUACAAUAAGAAAAUUCAGGACAUCCUAUCGAGGCCCGUAUCUAACACCACAGUGGUUCACCCGUUUAGGAGACGUGAACGACCCUACUCCAGCUUUGGUGGACAGAUGUCCUAAAAUCAACUAUCAAUUGUAUUCACGGCGUAGUAAUCAAUAAUAAAUGUUUUCUUUUCUAGAACCCCUUACAUAGACUUGCGAUGCCUGUGUUUUAUUUUGUGUUUAGUUUGUGUGAUCUGUGAUUAGACAAACUGUCCUCAUGUCAAAGGUUAUAUUUAGAAUUGAAUACAAGUCUGACUGGACUAACCUGUUUUAAAGAAGAUAUUUGCAUGUUUAAAUGUUAAUUGUUUAGAAAGGUCAUUCAAUUUAAUACGCUGAAUGUGAAUAGCGAGGACAUAAUCCUCGACGAGCGUGUUUCCUUAUGUGCUGCCUUUGACAGGAACUGUGUGAAACUGUCCAUAGUUGCUAUGGGACAUGUACAGUACACAAUUCCAUGAGGGUCAAAUGGUCGGGGUUAAAACCUCACAAUGAAAUAAUGAAUUCAGAGUAUAUCUGUAAUGAUUUAACAAGCAAAAGCUUUAAACCAAUAAGCUUGUGGGUUAAAUGAUUAGCAGGUGAGUGAGGAGGUGGAUACCUCUUCACACCGCAUGUGU